AAACUCAGCCUACAUGUUCCACCGUCCCAUGUAAAAAGGUCAACCCCUUUCACAAUAACUAGUCGUGGUUCCUCGCGAGACGCUCCCUUUUAUUGUACAAGCCAUCAAUCAGUAAGAUGAGACGUGCAGAUAAACAGCAUGACGAACGCCAGCAGCAGAACCCCACGAAACAAAGACACUGCGAGUGAAACACGUCACUGCAUUUCCAAGAUAUCAACAUGUAGCGUCGUAAAAUCAUCCACAAAAACUGACGUUCGAUAUUCCCUCCAAGAAAAAAGCCUCGGCAUCUCUCGGGUCAACACCGCGCGGAGGCGAUCUACCAUCUAUCCAUCCAUCCAUGAACUACUCCAACAAGAAAACACCCCAUCCCAUCCCCUAACUCCAUUCCAACCUUCCAACCCCCAAACAACCCCAUCCUCCAAACCUAUCCCCAAACCCGCCCAAAAUGACCAUCGACGUCAUCGCCCUCCUAACCCCCAACCCCGGAAAAGCAGACAGAGUCGAGGAACUACUCACCAGCGCCGCCGCGUCCGUAAAAGCAAACGAACCAGGCACGCUGAAGUACCACCUCCAGCGCGAAACGAAGGGCGAGGCGCCGAGGUUCUUUGUGCUGGAAACGUAUGAGGAUAAAGCCGCGCUCGCGACGCACGCGAAGACGGAGUACUUCGCUGCGCUGGGCAAGGCGAUCAGGGAGGAGGAACUGCUGGUGAAGCCUAUGGAGGUUUUUGUUACGCGGGGGGUGGGGGGGUUUGAGAGUAAGCUGUAAGCUUUAGAGUAGGUUGGCUUGCGGGACUGGGUAACGUGGAGUGUGUGUGUUUGGUGGAAUUGUUCUAUGGAAAAGUGUGGUGGAGUUGGGAAUUCAGGCUUUGGGUUGGAAGUAUUGAGUGCUGCUAUGUGCCAUGCCACGCCAAAAGAGCAUCACUGCCUGCCAUGCCAUGCCAUGUGUUCAUUUUGUGACCAUCUGCUGCGCCGUGUUUGGGACUGUAUAUC